GUAACGAAGUGACGAAGAUGAGAGAGAUGAUAAUUUCUCUCAGUUGUGAGACUUUGUGAUGGAGCUCUGUCUCAAGCUUCAAUCUUUUUCGUUCCCUUCUUCACUCCCAAGUGUUAAAGAUGUGAGGUUUGUGAACGUUGAUUUGAAAUCCUCAAAUCAUAGAGCUAAGAGAUCAUCAAUAGUGGUUUCUGCUUUAGCUGAAACAGCUGUUUCUAUAGCGAUUGCAGCCACGGUUGUUGGUACCGCAGCCACUAUACUUGUUCGGAGAAGUUCCAAAGCCGCCGAAGAAGCCGAGGCUUCUAUGAAAGAAUGUGAAGUUUGUCUCGGUUCAGGAAUCUGUCCUGAAUGCAAAGGUGAAGGAUUUGUACUAAAGAAACUAUCAGAUGCAAGUGCUGAGAAAGCAAGACUCACAGCAACAAAUAUGGCCACACGAUAUACAGCCGGGCUUCCCAAGAAAUGGAGCUACUGCACUAAAUGUUCUUCAACGCGAUCUUGUAUAGCAUGUGGUGGGAGUGGAAAGACAAGCAUCUAGCGCCUUACGCAGAGUACACAAGUACGUUAAACUCUUUUCUUCGGAAAUCCAAUUCAAAGGUUUAGCAUAGCUUUCUUGUGUUGUAUUAUUAGUAACAGAUUCUGUAAUGUUUGAAAACUCUCAUCAAACUUAAGUUUUACAUUUGCAAUCUCUACGCGUCAGACUA